CCCUGUGGUGAUGAGAAGUGGUAUGGAAAGCAAUAAAUACAAAAUGGCGAGGCUCACAUUCCCAAGAACAUCAAAGUCCAAAAGAACAUUGGCGAAAUAGGACACAGCAUACCAACUUUUUACUUUUAUCACUAUGGCUCCGCCGUCUAGGCUCGCUGCCCCAUCUACUAUUGAUACUGGAUUCAUGCUCUCUGUCCCACAGUUAGAGAACCCAUAUACUUCCGAUGAUUCUUAUCAGCGUGUUCUUGAGUGGUAUCUUCCACUGUCUGUUUUGAAUACAGUGCGGCCUAAGCUCAGCCAGUUUGGCGAAGAAGCCAUAUCUGAGCAGAUCCACCAGUGGGUGGCCAACGCCGAAAAAGAGCAGCCGUAUGUGAAGACGCACGACGUCUGGGGAAAGCGGUAUCCAUACGAUCGACUGAUAACGAGCCAUGGUUGGAAAGAGAUUGGGAAAUGGGGAGCAAGAAAUGGAGUCAUGUCAUUGGCGUACGAGGGAACUUAUGGGCAUUAUUCUAGAAUCGUGCAACACGCAUUCAACUAUACAUACUCAGCUUCUUCUGCGGUCUAUUCUUGUCCAACUUCAAUGACCAGCGGUGCAGCACGUCUUAUGGCUAAGCAACUUCCUGGAUUACCAUUAGAACACCCAUUUCACGAAAUUUUCGACCGUCUUACAGCAAGAGAGAACCAUUGGGUUUCGAGUCAGUGGAUGACUGAACGGCCUGGAGGCAGUGACGUGCAAAACUCGGAGACGGUUGCCGUUUACUCGCCUCUCCCUCGAAAGACUGGGAAAUGUGGAAGAGUCGAUGAAGGCGAUUGGCUUGUCUCCGGUUUUAAAUUCUUCUCGUCGGCAACAGACUGCAAUAUUGCAUUGAUGCUUGCCAAAACUGAAUCGGGCCAGUUGAGUCUGUUUGUGGCACCAACCCGGAAAACCAUUCUCGACUCCAAUGGCAAGGAGAUAGAGGUUACGAACGGAGUGAGAAUCCAUAGGCUUAAAGUUAAGAUGGGGACAAAGCAACUUCCCACGGCCGAGCUCGAACUAAAAGAUGUCCGCGCAUGGCGUGUGGGCCCUGCUGAUCGUGGAAUCGCGACUAUUGCCCAACUUUUGAACGUAACUAGGACUCACAACUUUAUCACCGCACUCUCUUGCUGGCGCCGCGGAAUGGCGAUUGCCAAGUCAUUUGCGAAAACCCGAACAACUAUAAACCAACCUCUAGCAACGUUCCCAAUGCAUCUAAGAUUACUGUCUUCAAUGGAAGUGAAGCAUAGGGGCCUUCUACAAUUCGCCUUCUUUACCACCGCUCUACUAGGCUUCGCCGACGACAAGACUCCGGAGAAUCUACCAGCAUCAUAUGCCCCACUCCCAGAUGCAGGCGAGCAGAUGCAGGUUGUACUGCGGACUUUUACUGCAACCGCAAAGGCUGUCAUCUGCAAGGUAUCAACUGUGUGCCUUCAGGAGUGUCAAGAAGCAAUGGGAGGCGUGGGAUAUAUGGACGAGCCCGACGAGCCGGAACUCAAUGUCUCUCGUCUGUUGCGAGACACCGCUGCCAACAUGACCUGGGAAGGAACAACGAACGUCUUGAGUAGCGAAGUUGUCCGACAUUUACUUAACAAAAAUCACCUGGAUAUUUUUGGCGCUUGGAUCGAGCGUGCCAUUGGAUCAGUACGGGACAACAGGUUUAAGCAGGUCCUCAAUUCGGCCUGGAAUGCGCUUCGCCAGAGGCUUCUGGCCAAGAAGAAUAAGUUAUCCUUGGCAUUGGCUGAAGGACGGCAGAGCAUGUUUACGCUGGCAUGGAUUGUCAGUGGCACGUUACUUGCUGUCGACGCACAGCGUGAUGGGGAUGCUUCCGCUACAGAGAUAGCAAGGAGGUGGAUCCUCCACGGAGAAGGUGGGCUAGCAGAGUAUGUCUUUUCGGACAUCGUGUAUGGCAAUCUGCCAACCGAUGUUCAAGAUGAGGCAGAGCGAAGUAACUGGGAUUGUAGGCUAGUCUGGGGCACUGAUCUCCCAAAGGAUGCAGCAGUUGGGUAUCGUACUGACGCAAAAUUGUCUAAAUUAUAGACUACUUAUGCCCUCGAGAAGCCAU